AUGUUGGCGGUAGGGGUUAUCGUGCUCCUGGCUGCGUCGGUCUCAGCCCUACUGGAAGGACCUAACGUUUGCACUAAACAGGAAACAUAUACAACAGUAAUAAAGGUGUCAGCACAACAGCCGUAUCAAGUGAAGGAGUACGCUUGGUGUUUCAAUGUGCCCCCACGAUGCUCAAAAUACAAUGUGAAAUUCAAGCAAGUUUUUAAAUCACAAAUGCUGGUAAAACAGCGGCCUAUAGAGCAAUGUUGUGAUGGCUACGCUCCCGACCCAGAGGGGAGGCAGUGCGUGCCUGUGUGCGUGGAGGCAUGUGUUCACGGGAAAUGUGUGGCCCCUAACACUUGUGCGUGUGCGCAUCGUUACGGAGGGCCCGCCUGUGAUAUAUCAUGCCCUGAUGGUAAGUGGGGUAGAAAUUGUCAGAAUGAAUGUCGUUGCAUGCACGGCGGUUCAUGCGAGCCGCUAACAGGCGACUGUGCAUGUGCUGUCGGCUGGUGGGGGGAUGCUUGUGAGAAGGCCUGUGCACCCCCCACAUUCGGUCAGAACUGUGAACAGAUCUGUGCAUGUAAGAACAAUGGCACCUGUGACCCAGCUAGCGGCGCAUGUACCUGCCCACGCGAAUUCACCGGACCUUUGUGCGAGAGGGAGUGUCCCAAGGACGACAUAUGUCCGUUAUCCUGUUUGUGUCAAAACGAUGCUAAUUGCAAUCUUUUUACCGGCGACUGUGAGUGUACUCCGGGUUGGACCGGUGAAGUAUGCGCUAAUAAAUGUCCGGCCGGUCGCUGGGGUGAUAAAUGUAGUAAGACUUGUGAGUGUUGGAACGGGGCCAGCUGUCAUCACGUGACCGGUCAAUGUCAAUGUGAGGCUGGCUUUACUGGGGACAAGUGUCUAGAGUCCUGUCCGCUGGGUACAUACGGAGUGUCAUGUGCUGGGGUCUGUAAGUGUCAACACGGGGGCGAAUGUUCCCCUAAGGACGGUUCGUGCACCUGCAAACCCGGCUGGCAGGGCGACCGGUGUGAGAGGCGAGCCUGCCCCGACGGUCUGUGGGGCCCGCGGUGUGAUAAGACCUGCGAGUGUAACCCCACAACUACUGAAAUGUGUGAUCCGUGGACGGGUGCGUGUGAGUGCGCCGCGGGGUGGGCGGGGGAGGCGUGCGCGCGACAGUGCCCUCUACUAACAUACGGCAAGGGCUGUCGAUCAACCUGUCGCUGUGAGAACAGCGGGCUCUGCUCGCCCGUUAAUGGUUCAUGUCUAUGUGAGCCGGGUUACCGUGGUCUGCGUUGCGAAGAGCCAUGUCCGUACCCCUUCUAUGGAGACAACUGCGCCGACACGUGCGACUGUCGCAACAACGCCACUUGCUCGCACGAGACCGGACAAUGUGACUGCAAACCCGGUUUCGAUGGUUUGAAAUGUGAUCGUCCUUGCGACGGGAAGACAUUCGGCUUGAGGUGCCGUCAGCCUUGUAACUGUGAGAACGACGCUCCUUGUAAUCCUGUUAACGGCGAGUGUGUAUGCGGGCCGGGCUACGAAGGUCCUCGAUGUGAGCGUCGGUGUCGCGCCGGUUACUACGGACAGAAUUGUUCUUUACCGUGCGACUGUACUCAGAACGCGGUCGGCUGUCAUCACGUGACGGGCGCCUGUGUGUGUGAGAGCAGCUGGAGAGGUAUUCGUUGUGAAACUCAAUGCGAAGCGGGGCAGUACGGUGUGCAGUGCGGCGAGAAGUGUCCUUGCGCGAACAACUCGUCGUGUGACGCGGACAGCGGACGGUGUGAAUGCGCCCCGGGGUGGAGGGGGGAGCGAUGUGAUAUGCCUUGCGAGCCUGGAACGUACGGCGCCGCGUGUAAACAAGUGUGUCCACAUCAUCCUUUAGGUAAUGUGACGUGUAACCCAGUCACGGGCGAGUACAGCUGCGCAAGCGGGUACACGGGCGUGUCUUGUGAAUAUCCUUGUCCACUUGGCACAUACGGCGAGGGAUGUCAACAGAAAUGCAACUGUAAGAACGGAGCGGACUGCCAUCAUGUUACCGGUGAGUGCCAAUGCCUGCCUGGUUGGCGCGGCUCCCUAUGUGGCGAGGCGUGUCCCACUGGCUGGUGGGGCGCGGGCUGUUCCCAGCCGUGCCGCUGCGCUCGUGGCGCCGCCUGCCGACCAAACGACGGAUACUGCAGGUGUCCACCAGGAUACACAGGCAACUAUUGUACACAGUUUUGUCCCGAGGGUUACUUCGGUGAUCAUUGUAUGGAGGCAUGUAACUGUUCGUCUCAAGGCAACUGGGUGUGUGAACCGGUCAGAGGCUGUGUGUGUCAUCGCGGCUUCGUCGGAGAGAACUGUGACUUGCGAGCAAGCGACGCCAUAGUUAUAGAUCAAGCUAGAGGUAGUUCAAACGCCGGUUUAACAGCUGUUAUGUUGGUAGCGGUGAUUGCAUGCGGAGCCGCUGCCGUACUAGUGCUCCUCUACUAUAGACGUAGGGUGCGCUCGCUCAAACGAGAGAUAGCUCACGUUCAUUACACCGCCGACCCUAACACGCAGCCGGAUCAACAACACUUCGACAACCCGGUGUACUCGUUCCAGAAUUCAACACGUAGCGACGAUUCAACGACAUUAUUGAACAACACAACAAUAUUCAACAAUCUGGAAAAUAGUACCAAAAUAAGUAACGCGGCGUUAGAGAAACUGAGAAUGACAGCUACUAGCUCUAAUGGAACUUACGAUCCCUUAUCGUCUAUAAAGAACAAGGACGCUGAUCUGACCAAUCCGAAUUUGUAUCAUUGUAUCGAAGACGACAAUAAACUAGAUCACGUGUAUGACGAGAUUAAACAUAAGGAAGGAUACGAAAUGGAGUACGACCAUCUGAAUUAUACCCCUCCUGCAAAUACAUGGAAGCCUCACUACGUUCGUAUGAAUGGUUCUGUAGGCGGUGGUCAAGUUUCAACUCCCCCUAUACCGCCGCUACCGAAACUUCAUACUGCUGUUAAUAUAGUCCCGGGCCCCCAAAUACAAGGCUCCUUGGAGCCCGAGGAGCCUUCAGUACUAAGCGACGAGGCCCCUCCCCCACCUCCUACAAGAGAGGAGCCUCACGAACAACCUCGAUAG